GCAUACUAGUCUUCGAGCACACUGAGCACCUGAUGCAUGUGGAGACCGUGGUGACGCAUCCCAACUACAACGAGGAGACGCUGGACUACGACAUCAUGCUUGUCAAGUUGGCCCAGCCUGUGCAGCGUGAUGCCAAUGUGCAGCCUGUCGCCCUGCCCACGGCCUGCGCCAUGGCCGGCACCUCCUGCGUGAUGUCGGGCUGGGGCAACACCCAGAGCAACGGAAUUCUUGGCUCUGACCAGCUGCGGUGCGUGGAGGUCCCGAUCCUGAGUCACCAGGUGUGCGAGGACGCCUACCCUAACAGGGUCACCAGCACCAUGCUGUGCGCCGGGCAUCUGCAGGGUGGCAAGGAUGCCUGCGAGGGUGAUGCUGGCGGGCCACUGGUCUGUGCCGGAGAGCUGCAGGGCAUCAUGUCCUGGGGCUUUGGCUGGGCCCAGAAGAACUACCCUAGUCUCUACACCAAGGUCUGCGACCUGCUGCCCUGGAUCCAGGACACCAUGGCCACCCGCUAGCUGGGAUGGGGCAGCGCUGCCAGCUGGGGAGUGGGCAGGGCAUCCUGGCACCCAGGAAGACACAGCACACACAUGUCCCGUGUGCGUGGCUGGCUGUCCUGGCACCGGGAUGUGCCUUGCGCUGUCUCUCCCCAAUAAACCCCAUCUUG